AUACCGGUCUCAAUUAGAUUGCAUUCAGGGAAGAAAUGCACUCAUUCAUCACCAUUUUGUCUGCGGAAGCAGUAAUAUAAAUACAGUUAUUUCGAUCAGUGAUCAUCAGUCAGGAUCUAUUCGUCCAGCAGACAACAAUCUCUAGCAAAAUGAAGUUCGUAGUUUUGGCCCUCGCUUUGAUCGGAACCGCCUCAGCCGGUCUUGUCGCCCCAUUGGGUCAUGGAUACUCCGGAUUGGGAUGGGGACAUUCAGGUCUCGCCACUCCAGUUGUUGCUUCAGUUGCUCCAGCGAUUAGUUCCUACUCAGCUCAUGCUGUAUCUGCUCCAAUUGUUGCUUCAGUAGCUCCAGCCAUCAGUACCUACUCAGCUCAUGCUGUAUCCGCCCCAGUUGUUGCUUCAGUAGCUCCAGUCAUCUCUUCAUACCAUGCUGCCCCAGCUCUCACUGCCCAUGCUGUAGCCACUCCAGUCAUCUCUGCCCACAGUGCUCUUACUGGUCCAGUCAUCUCUGCUCACAGUGCUCUUGCUGGUCCAGUAAUUGGCCAUGGUUGGGGACAUGAUCUCGUCGGUCUUGACCUCUGGAAAAAGAAGAAGGCUGCUCACUAAAACUUGUAACGGACGUCUGGGUUUGGAAGAACAAAUAAAUUAGAUUUAUGACAUAACGAAA